AUGCACAGGUGGGCCCAGGGAUUCCUGGACAGCCAGGUCUGGAGCGGCACUGAGCUGGGGCAUGGGGAGCUGCAGGUGCUCAGCCCCUCUCGGAGACCUGAGGAAGGCGUGAGGCAGGUGUCACCAGUUGGAGUAUCCCCAGAAGGGCACGGGGUCCCAGUCCAGGACCUCAUCUCCUUCCUGAUGUUGGAGGGCGGGCAGCGGUCUGGUGGCUCUGUCCUGUCCAGCCUUCCAGCAGGCCUGAGGCGGCAGGAGGACGUGCAGUCUCUGGUGAGGAGCUUGCUGGUGGGGCUGGAGUCCCUGGGAAUCCUGCCUACGGCCGGGAGUUCCCCGCUCCGGGCCCUGUGGCAGAGCCGCGGCAGCAGGAGCUGGAUUUCUGGCUUUCUCUACAACAUCUCCAUGCACCUGGAGAAGCAGGAGCUGGAAGAGCUGGGGGGCAAGUCCUGGGGGAGCCUGCCGCAGCACUUCCUAUCUCAGCCCUCCCCGACCCCCAGUCUGCAGCUGAGGGACGUCCUGGUCUCGCUGAGGGGCAGCCGUGACUGGGACAUGCUCCAGAGCCUCAUCCACAGCCUGCUCAGCCUCUUCCGCAGAGACCAGACCCUGCUGUUCUUCCUGCAGCAGAACUGGGCGCGGCUCAGCAGCCUGGGGGAGGCCCUGGCCCUGGCGCUGCCCACUGGGGUGCUGGGCCAGGGCAGCCCUGACUUGCAGGGCACCUACUGCACCCUGACAGGCCGUGGGAACUGCAGCUCCAGUGCAGACUGGAUGUCGCAGCUGCUGAAGCUGUUUGAGGGCACCCGCCGGAUGCCAAGGGUCCAUCUGCAGCCUGGAGGCCCAGUCCUGGCUCCUGACCACUGGAAACCCUUCCGCGUGCUGCCCUCCCUGAGCCCCAGUGCCAGCAGCCUCCUGCAGAUCUCCCGGACCAAGCAGCCAGGGCUGGACUCCGGGGGGGGCUCCGCGGACACCCUGUGGGGGGCCCUGGAGGAGGCCAAGCAGCGUCUCCUGCGGAGGGUGGGCCGAUCGCUCUACACCAGCUUCAGGAGGAAGGUCUCGCGUGUGACGAGUUUGCUAGUGGAUGAGGUCUCGGUGGCCCUCGGCGUCCCUCAGUCGGAUCGAGGGGGGAAGUGCACCGUAGGGACCCUGCAGCAGCUCCUGCUGUGGGGCAUCAGGCACAACAUCAGCUGGAACGCCCGGAACCUGGGGUUCAGGUCUAGGACCUUCCCAUCUCCUCCACCAAUCCUGAGCUGCAUGCAGCCUGCCCGCAAGCCCCCCCAAGUCACAAAGAGGGCAUCUGGAGACGCUUGGGGUGAGCCCUGGCCCUCAGCCGAGGUUAUGGAGUCUGCCUGCAAUGACACUAUCCCAGGCCUGCCUGGCAUCUCCAACUUCACUGCCUAUCUUUACUGCAGCCUAUUCAAUGGCUCAGACAGCUCCAGCCAGCCGCCCUCAGGCCUGGGGGCCGCAUGUUCCAGCUCCGCCUGGUAUUCCUCCUCCACCAGCGGGGACUCCAUGUGGGUGAGGACGUGCAGGGAGUACUUCCCUGGCCAGUUCAACAUCACGGUCUGUAGCAAUGCCUCCCUGCUGCAGCUGCCCAGUCCCAACCAGCCUCUCAUGGAGCAGUUGUGUGUCAACCUCUCUCUGCCCCACAAAGCCGGCAGAUGUCUGGAGGGGCUGCCCGGGACUCCCUGGAGCCAGGAGGAUUUCUGGAGCUGCUUUCUGGAAAACCAGACUCUCUGGACACAGUGGCUGUGCACCAAUGAGAGCCUGCAGGAGGUAUCCGCGGAUCGCAGCGCCUGGAUCUCCAGACUCUGCCAUGGCCGCCAGCUCCAGACAAAGGCACUGAACUCCUCGCUGCUCAGGAACUCUGAUCCCUGCAAUUUCCAUGUCUGGAGCCCCCAGGCGCUCAGGAAUGCUAGCCUGAUGGAGCAGUGCCGGGGGGUGAACCCCGCUAGCUUCCAGGAGCCGGUGUGUAGGAAUUCCUCCCUCCUCCAGUCUUUGGUGUCUUCCCAGCCCUGGCUCAUGGAUCACUGCCUGGACUCCCUGCAGAAUGGGCAGUGCUUCCUGCAGCGCCUCCUGGAUAUCCUGCCUAUUUCCUCUCACGUGGACGCAUCUCAACUGUGCCGGGACCCUGCGUCCUACCUGCUGGGGCUGGUGUCCCAGCUCACGCACUGCGAGGAGGAGCCUCCCCGCUGGAUCCUCAGCAUGAACUAUCUCCUGUGGCUGCUGGACUUCACCCUGCCCUUCUCCGAGCUGGACGAGGUGGGGCAGGCAGCCAGGGACCAGCUGAGUGAGGCCAUCCUGCUCUCCAGCCUCCUGGACAACGGCUCCUUCUGGGCCUCGCUGGAGGUGAACUCCUCCCUGAGCAUCCUGCGGGCUGUGGGCCAGUACUUGAGGCAGGAGCAUGACGCCUCCUUCAAGGGAGAGCUGCUGAGCUGCUUGAGUCCUGUGCUCUGGGAUCUGAUCCAAAGAGAAGAGGGUUCCCCGGUGCUGGAAGUCCUUGUGCAGGAAUACCUGCAGAUGCCGCAGGAAAAUUUCCAGCAGCUGCUGCUGUCGGCGGAGAGCGAGGCAGUGCGGCGUUUCCUGGCCCUGCUGCACCGCUCCUGGCCCCGGCUGCAGGUUCCCAUGUUGGAUGAGCAGGUGCUGCAGUCUCUCGCCUCGCAGCUGAUGGGCCGGUUCCCCCAGCUCCCCCCGCAGCUCUUCCUUGACCUGUCGCAGUUCAUACCGUUCAUGGCCGUGUCCGACAUCAUGAGGGUCCCACCUGCCCUGCUGGCCAACGAGAGCGUCUUAGCGGCUCUGGGGACUCACAGCGCCCACAUGAAGCUGGUGCAGAAAAGUGCCUUUGCCAAGCUGCUGCUGCAGGUUCAGCUCCUCGGGGACGUGCCCACAUGGCGCCCGGGCUUCCUCCGCACCAUCCAGCCCCUGCUGCCUCGCCUGCCACUUCGUCGCUUUGUGCAGCUCACUCCUCAGCAGGUGGGGAUGCGGCACCGUCCAGCCAGCGGGCCCGGCGGCUCGGCCAUCCAGGGGCUGGCAGACGGUUGGCAGGAUGUCCGGCUGGGGCUGGCCCAGGGGCGCCAUGUGGCUCACAGCUUGAUAAACAUGAGCCGUGGGGCUGGUGAGGAGCAGGUGCACAGGUUGGGGGUCCUUGCUUGCUAUCUGAGCCCUGAAGAGUUGCAGGCCCUGGCCCCACUGCGUGACCCCUUGGGGCCGGUGGAGCGGAGCUUGCUAGCAUGCGCUGCCAAUGGGGUGCUGCGCCAGCAUGGACGGCCCCAAGGCACAAACCCUUUGCCCUUGGAGGGUACACUGCUGCCCCCAAGUGAUUUAGACAAAGAAUCAGGGAAAAGAUCACUUGGAAUUCCUAUUCCCCCAAAAUAUCCUCCCAAGCCCUACACCCCCUUCCAGCAUGCUCUCCCCUCCUGCUUGCAGGUUGCUUACGCGCUGGCGGAUUUGUUGCGCUCUGCCAGCCUGGCUGCUGUCCGGCCGCGGGAGCUGCGUGCCUGGCGAGGCAUUGUUCCAGAGCUGGGGGUGAGGUUCCUGCAGCGCCUGUCAGCCGCACAGGUCAGGGCUCUCCUUCCAGAACUGCAGGCUGCACACCUGACACCUGCCCAGGUGAGUACCCAGCCUGCGUCUGUGCUGCUCAUGCAGGCUGUCCGGACCGAGAAUAAGAACUGCAUAGGGGAAACUGAGGCACCCCCACACUAUUCAGAGGAAACAUUAAGAACAGGCCCACUUCGUCACAGAUGGACACCCCCCAGCCUCGCACUUCCCCCCUCCAAAUCUCCUCCUCUGUUGUUUGCCUGGCAGGUGACAGAGGGUGUGGUGAGCAGGCUGUGCCCCCUGCUGCCAGGCCUUGGGCCCGAGUCCCUCCAGGCCAUUCCCACUCACACCCUGGCCCAGGCGUGUGAAUGCCUGGCCACCGCUCUGACUCUGCUCUCGGCCCCCCAGAAGGCAGCCCUGCUGCAGGCUCUGCAGAGGCUCAGCUGUGAGCAGCCAGCCCGGAGCAUCUGGCCAGACUGCCUCCUGCCCUUGGUGCCCCUCAAACUCCUGCGCCUGGAUGCAGCGACUCUGCUGGGGCAGAGCAGCCGGUUCUGGGAGCUGCCCUGGUCCCAGCAGCAGGCCCAGUUCCUCUGGAGGAAGGUUGAAGCGGGCACCAAUGUGAGCCAGGAUACGAUUCGGGCGCUGGGGACUCUGGCGGUUGGCAUGGGCUGUGCCAGCCUGCAGCAAUUCAGUUGGAGGGCGGAUUUCCUGGGGGUUCUCCGGCUUCUCUAUGCGUGUCCCAGCAGCCUGCCUGGGAGCCUGACCCCCCUGCUGGAGGUCACCCCAGAGGGUGGCCUGCUGAGGAUGAGGGAGCUCCCGGCAGUCAGAGCACAGACACACAUGGACACAGAGCCCAACACGUCUCUGCUCUUGGCACUCAAUUCCCGGGAGGCAGGUGUCUCUGGCUCUUUCAGGGUGAAGCUUGUGGACAAACUGCCCAACAACUCGGUCAGGCUGAUUCUGGACUACGUGAGCAGCCGCCCGCAGAGCCUGCUGGUGCUGCCGCCCCACCGCCGGGCUGCCCUGGCCCACAGGGCCCUGCGCCUCCUGCAAGCGCCGACCGAGACCGAGAUCCCAGGCGAAGUUCUGGACCUUCUAGGCCCGCUGCUGGGGUUCCUAGGCGCGGAGGCUGCUGCCCACAUCCAGCCCGAGAGCCUGCUGCUGCGCCUGGAGGAGCUGCAAGCGGCCUGCCUGGCAGAGGGGUUUGCUGAGGAGCUGGGGAGGCUGGUGCUGACGGAGCGGGUGCUAGGGUAAGGCGGGCCCCAGCCCUGGAGCCUCCUGGACAUGCAGCAGCUGGGACGUCUGGUGUUCCUGCUACCGGUGGAGAGCAUCCGGCUCAUCCCAAGGGUGAGACCGGGGCCCCCGGGCCCUGUUCCUCUGCCCAUCCCUCUGUUCCUCCCGCACUUCGUCCCUCUCCCCGGUCUGUCUCUCCGCCCGUCCCCUCCCUCCGUCUCCCUGCCUGUCCCUCUGCCCAUCCCUCUGAUCCUCCCACACCCUGCAAGCUCCAUGCUCAGCCCUGCUCACUCUUGUGUCCCCCAGGAGGUGCAGAGCAGAGACACCCUGGAGCAGCUGCUGCAGAGCCAGCGGGAGUGGGAGCAGAGCGAGCCAGGCCGGCUGUGCCAAGCCCCUGGUGCCCAGGGAAGGGUGAGGAGCCGGAAGGAGGCGCUGGUGGCCUGGCUGGUGAGGAGCAGCCCGGUGGGGGGACAAGACCCUGUUCCCAGCUGUGCUGACAUGCGUGCCACCUACCCUGCGGCCUGGAGCACGGCACAGAUCGCCAGCAUGGCUCUGUCCCACUUCGAGGGCUGCCUGGGUCUCAUCAGUCAGGACCCCGCACUCUCCCCCGAGCAGCUCCGCGCCGCUCUGGGCAAAGCCAAGCAGCCCCGGGGUCAUUCUGCUGACCCAGGUACUGGCCCAGCUGUUCCGUGCUGUGACGCUGCAGCUCCUUCACAGGUGGUUUUCAGCCCAGCCCAGCUGCUGGGCUUCACCAGCGCCCAGGCCUCAGCCGUGACCCCCCAGCAGCACGCGCGGCUCAGCGCCGAGCAGAGGCCAGUGCCCAGUAGAGGGGGAGGUCGCCCAGGAUGGCAGGGGUGAGA